UUCGAUGACACAACGUGAUCGCGUACGCGAAACUCGUACAUCUCCUUGAACGAUAGAAAUUAGAGCAAGAUGUUAGAACAAAGAAAUCGAUUAUCGGACUUCUGCCUAAACCGAUUUCACUCAGAUUCCGUCAUACGCUACGUACUAUUUACUUUACAUUGAAUAAAAAUUAUUUCAAGUGUUACAUCGUUAAUCUUAUCAAUCUGGAUGCAUCCGAUUGCACAGCUAAUCUUGUCAAUGUUUCUCGUCUACGACAAACGGCACAGGUGCAAAUCAUGAAGAUGCAUACUUCGUGUUCUGACGAACACUGAAAAAAGUUGUUAUCCUCAACAGACGGUAAUAACAUAUGAAAUUGUAUUUGCGUGCAGCGACGCUAAUGACUUUAAUGAAGUAGGAAUACGUAAUUCACAUUAUUUAUUCAUACACAUAUAUUGUUUUAUACAGAGUAUUAUAAAAUUAUCUCCGGUAGAUUGUACAUUAUUGCCGUUGGUCGAGUGCUGCUCGCUCCCAGCUAAAGAUAAUGAGUUAUAUCGAUACUUUAAUCCUCAUACGUUCGAUCACUCUUUCUGUUCCUACUCAUACAGAUAGUGUAUUAAGGAUAGCAAUUUCUGCAGGUAUCUUCAAGGUAAUCGAAAACUAAUCAUUGGGCAUGACAUUCCUCUGCCAAACUUAUCAUAUAAAUAAUCUGAUCGCGAGAAUUAAAAUCGAUUAUGUGAUAGUUGAUAUCUAUUCUAUCUAUUUGAUUGAUUCGAUAUUCGGAUUUAAUUUUCAAAAUAGGUGAUAGACUCUUUUGUUAUACGUCGUUGUAUCAUAGAUAAGACACAAAGAGCGGUCCGAAUCAUUUGCUGGUACGCCAAUGUUGCUCUUACUAGAUUAUGGCUGACGCUUACAGGGGAUAUUUUACUAGAUACCUAUGGGUUGAAAUGAAUGAGCAAACGUGAGAGAGAAGGAAGAACUCUCCUCGUGACAGAGGUCGCGGUUAAACGAUUACUCAUACGUAGUAAGUGUAUGUACGUAUGUUCACCGAGAGUUUUUAAGCGUUUUUCACGCAGAGAUUGGGGCCGUACGUAUAGCUUACGGUCCGACGGGUUGUUCGAACUUAUUGCGAAAUGCCAGACGACUUUUGGCCAUUGCGAAUACAUCCAAGCCAACAGCGGAGCAGCAGCACACUCGUCUAUUGCGAUCAAAAUAACGUCGGAGAGAGACGCGUAUCUCUCUAGGCAGAGUUACAGCUACUUGCCGAGAUAUAUGAUUACACGAUCAAGCGGAGACAAUAAAACAGUAGAAGAAAGAGCGAAGAUAAACUUGCAGAGAAGAAAUGCGACGGAAUCGGCCGUGACUCAUUAAGGCUGCGCUGAAAGUACACAGAAACAGUUAUUGAAAAUGUUUGAGCCUACAGAACAGGGGAAGGAUUUGUGUAUUCAUACGGGAGUAGUACUUCGAGGCGCGAGUACAAGGGAGGAUGAAGUUCACAGUCUUGGCACAUUAAAUAUUGUUGAAUAUAGUUUUGGGAAAUGUAUAGAAUGGAAGCCAAUAGAGGAUUCCGUGGUGUCGGAAAAUCCAGAUCAAGAUUCGGAAUGGUCUUUGGUAGACACUCACACCAGGCGUACUCGUACAUCGUCGGAAGGGCCGGACUCUCUUGGGCGUACCAGGAUCGUUAGAAUAUUAUUCUCAGAUUUGAACUCGUUUCGCAUCAAUCACGGGGGGCAACAGUUAAUAUUUAUGCAGAAGGACGGCACAUCCUACGUCGCCUUCUUUCAGCUUUCCAACGCCGAGAGUUUUGUAAAUUCCUUGAAAGGGUUCAUCAAGUUUGUAAAAUCUCGUACAAAUAGAAAUUUGUACAUCGUAGUGGACGAGGUUCAAUCGGUCUUGACUAAGUCGUUCGCCGAAUUAGACUUGUUUCAAGAGAAUACGUCAGAUUAUGUUUGGAAAUUUGUUAAGAAUUUACACAACCGUCCAUAUGAAACAACGCUGGAAGCGUUUAGUAAAUUGGCUGAUAUUUGGUUGUAUAAAGACCCAGUUAAGCGCCCUGUGGAAGAGGCAGUCGCGGAUAUAUUCAACAAUUCUUUCUCGAUCGAUGUUUCCCCUCCUCCAGUAUCCGUAUGUUCUGGAGAAGAGUACGAACUGAUCGGUGAACACGAAUUGGGUCUGGUACUACCUCCGAGACCACCUUGUCAAAGAGAUUCACCAUUGUCGCAAGAACAGUGGAGCAAAUUCAAGGACUCAGAGGGGAGAAUUUUAAAUCCUCAACAAGUGAAAGAAAUUAUAUUUCGUGGGGGUAUCGUACCAUCGUUACGUUUCGAUGUUUGGAAAUUUUUAUUAAAUUACUAUCCAUGGAAUUCCACUCAUAUCGAAAGAUUAGAACUGAAAAAGAAGAAGACUGAUGAAUACUUUAUGAUGAAAUUACAAUGGAGAUCCAUGACUCCAAUGCAAGAGAAUAAUUUCUCCGAUUACCGGGAUCGAAAGAGUUUAAUCGAAAAAGAUGUGAAUAGAACAGAUAGAACGCAUCCGUAUUACACGGGUGAUAAUAAUCCGCACUUAGCACAAUUGUAUGACAUCCUCAUGACCUACGUAAUGUACAAUUUCGAUUUGGGGUACGUUCAAGGCAUGAGCGAUCUUCUAAGUCCGAUUUUGUCGUUGAUGGAAAACGAGGUAGACGCGUUUUGGUGUUUUGUCGGUUUCAUGGACAAAGUGAGUACCAAUUUCGAGAUAGAUCAAGCCGGAAUGAAAGCCCAGUUGUGCCAAUUAUAUACUCUAUUGAAUACCACGGAUCCGCAAUUAGCGCAUUAUUUAAAUAGACACGAUUCAGGGAAUAUGUUUUUCUGCUUCCGCUGGCUUCUAGUAUUAUUUAAAAGGGAAUUCAACGCGAUCGACAUAAUGAAACUAUGGGAAGUAUUGUGGACCGACUUGCCGUGUAAAAAUUUCCAUUUGCUUUUAUGCGCAGCUAUUUUAGACACAGAAAGAACCAUGCUUAUGGAGAAUCGUUACGGCCUUACAGAAAUAUUGAAGCAUAUAAAUGACCUGUCGCAUCAUAUCGAGUUGCCUUGGACAUUAUCGAAGGCAGAGGGUAUAUAUCAUCAAUUAAUGUCUGUCGCGGAUAAGUUACCUGAUAACGUACGCGCAAUAAUUGGGCUCGAGCCCUUGAAUAGAACGUCGCCAGCCAGUGACGUGGAGAACGGCGAGGCCUCUGGUUACAAUGCCGAGGCUGACGCGACUGACAGCUGCUCGAGGAGAAGUAGCAUAGAAAGUGGCAACAUUAAGUUCGGGGACAACGAAGUGUCAUUCGAACGUGGAUUGGACUUAUCGUACAUGUGAGGCCAGGACCGUUCGUUCAUUAUAAUCUGAAGAACGUGUCGCGCAUCACUGAGGUUUAUCAUUUUCUCGAGGGACAAUUUACAGUCCCGUUAUUUGGGACGCGUACAUGUGUAUUUGUUGAAACAAAUGGACUAUCUGUACAAGUGAUUCCCCCUAUAUUAAGCGGGUUGCUUCGAUCAACAUGCGAUACUCUGAUUAAAUAUGUGUUACGUCGAAUUCUGAAAAUAUGCCGUGUAAAUGCUGAGUAUUACCUCGAAUUUGUAAAGUUACAGCGAAGAUUAUUGUUAGUAGUGUUGAAUUUUGAGAUAUUUAUAAAAUCCAAUAUAAUUAUGAAGAGAUUAUUGAUCGCGUGCACGCUUAGUAAAUAAAGGGUAGUGGUGCACGAGUACUUAUUUUUUAUUUUCAUGGCUUUACAAUGUGCAGAAACAGAGGGUUUAUCAUGUGUUUCGACCAGCUCGGUUAGUUUACAUUUAAGUUCCAAUAUCUUUUACAAGUCUGUAUAAAACACGACGGUACUGUAUAUUUCUAAUAAAACGCAUUUGUUUUAAA